AUGAAAGCUGCAGAAUCUCUAGACUGUAUUUUAUUUUUCUAAAGGAAAAACAGCCCAGGGUUAAUUCAAAGAACUAUCUUAAACUAAAAUGACAGAGUUUACUACUAUUCCCAAAUAGUAAAGAGAGCUCUCAAGAAUACAACUUGAAUACAGGUCAAGAACCGGUUCAACAUACUUAACUGGUAGUUUUAUAAAUUAUAAUGAAUGCUGCUACUCCCUAAAAAUGAAUGUAUCAUAGAGGAAAUAACCUCCUUGGAAUGCCUGCAGUUAUACAACACAUUUGUUUUAUUGCUUUCAAGCACCAGUGCUGGAAGCUCAGAAUAAGUCUAUGGGAGGAGGACUUCAGUCACAGCAGCAAGCAGGUCUACUGAGCAGAUAAGAUGAUAUGCUUGGGGAAAUAACAAGCAAAUAAGAGCUAUUGGUUUCUUUCAUCAAGCCUUCUGAAAUCUGAACCUCUGCAGAAUACUAAACACAUGAACCUUACCUACAGACAUGGACAGAUGCAUGAAAGCUCUCAUUUUACCCAACUUGAAAUUCUUCUAAAAGGAAGGAGUCAGCUUUGGCUUUGAAUAUUUGGCAUGGGUACAAUGCUUUAAAAGAGCAGAUGACCAGCUUAGCUACUGACCAUGCUGACCACUAUCUGGAAUCAGAUCAAAUCACAGAAAAACAGCGAAUGGCUCUCUCUUAUAGAAUAUCAGAACAAAGCACAAUUCCUGAGCAAAUUUUGCAAAGCUCAUUUGAUCACUUUAUCUCUUCUAACUGGUCUGGAUUACAGACAGAAUCGAUACCAGAGGAAAUGAAACAGACUGGUGAAGAACAGGGAAAUAAACUGCGCUGGGCAGCUCUUCUGAUACUCAUGGUGAUAAUACCCACAAUUGGUGGAAACAUCCUUGUUAUUCUGGCUGUUUCACUGGAGAAAAAGCUGCAGUACGCUACCAAUUAUUUUCUAAUGUCCCUGGCAGUGGCUGAUUUGCUGGUUGGACUGUUUGUGAUGCCGAUUGCCCUCUUGACAAUAAUGUUUGAGGCUAUGUGGCCCCUCCCACCUGUUCUAUGUCCUGCCUGGUUAUUUCUUGAUGUUCUUUUUUCUACUGCAUCCAUCAUGCAUCUCUGUGCCAUUUCAGUGGAUCGUUACAUUGCCAUUAAAAAGCCAAUCCAGGCUAAUCAAUACAACUCAAGAGCUACAGCACUCAUCAAGAUUACAGUGGUGUGGUUAAUUUCAAUAGGCAUUGCCAUCCCAGUCCCUAUUAAAGGGAUAGAAGCUGAUGUGAGUAACCCAAACAACAUCACUUGUGGGCUGACAAAGGAUCGUUUCAGCAAUUUCAUGCUCUUUGGCUCACUGGCUUCCUUCUUUAUACCUCUAGUAAUCAUGAUUGUCACCUACUUUCUCACUAUCCAUGCUUUACAGAAGAAAGCUUACUUAAUCAAAAAUAAGCCACCUCAACGCCUAACAUGGCUGACUGUAUCCACAGUUUUCCAAAGGGAUAAAACCCCUUGCUCUUCACCUGAAAAAGUGGCAAUGUUGGGUGGUUCUCACAAGGACAAAACUCUGUCCAACUCAAGUGAUGACAUACUUAUGCGAAGAAUGUCCACAGUUGGAAAAAAGUCAGUGCAGACCAUUUCCAAUGAACAGAGAGCCUCAAAGGUUCUAGGGAUUGUGUUUUUCCUCUUUUUGCUUAUGUGGUGCCCCUUUUUUAUUACAAAUAUAACUUCAGUUUUAUGUGAUUCCUGUAACCAGACUACUCUCAAAAUGCUCCUGGAGAUAUUUGUGUGGAUAGGCUAUGUUUCCUCAGGGGUGAAUCCUUUGGUCUACACCCUCUUUAACAAGACAUUUCGGGCUGCAUUUGGCCGAUACAUCACCUGCAAUUACCGGGCCACAAAAUCAGUAAAAACUCUCAGAAAAUGCUCCAGAAGUAUCUACUUCCGGAACCCAAUGGCAGAGAACUCUAAGUUUUUCAUGAAACAUGGAAUUCGAAAUGGGAUUAAUCCUGCCAUGUAUCAGAGCCCAAUGAGGCUCUGAAGUUCAACGAUUCAAUCUUCAUCAAUCAUUCUACUAGACACACUUCUCCUCACUGAAAAUGAUCAAAGUGACAAAAUUGAAGAGCAAGUCAGUUAUGUAUAGCAGGAAUGGCACAGUUUUCACCUAACUAAUAAUGAAGCAGAUAUAAAUGUACCAAGAAUUACACACAGAACUUCAUGUCAUAUUAUCAAAUUAUCUCUUUAAGAGUUGUGUGUUAAGAUUAUUCAAUUUUCUUUAUCUGGACAAAAAUGCCCCAUGAAAAAGAAUCAUUUUGUACAGCUGCAAAUUAAAACAAUCCAGCACUCUCAUUAAAUGUUAAGGUAUUCAAAAGAAAUAAAAUUAAA